CACGCAUUGUCUGCACACUCCUCGAACCCAUCACUUGAGCCACCCAAUCCCCAUCAGCCACAUCCAGCUGCAAGAUGAAGUUCACCGUUGCCAUCGCCUUCACCUGUAUCCUUGCCUGCGCCCUGGCCGCUCCUCCAGCCAUCCAGCAGGAUGCUCAGGUGCUGCGCUUCGACAGCGAUGUCCUGCCCGAGGGCUACAAGUUCGCCGUGGAGACGAGCGACGGAAAGUCGCAUCAGGAGGAAGGCCAGCUGAAGGACGUGGGCACCGAUCACGAAGCCAUUGUUGUCCGCGGAUCCUAUGCCUAUGUGGGUGACGAUGGUCAGACCUACAGCAUCCAGUACCUGGCCGAUGAGAACGGCUUCCAGCCCGAGGGUGCCCAUCUGCCCAGGCCCGUUCAGUGAAUCCCAGGGAAUCCGAUUGAAAGUCAUUCGCCAAUCAAGUUCCAAUUCAGCGCAAAUGUGUUAACUAUGUCUAAGUUUCGCUUGAAGAACAUCAUAAUAUUAAAGUAACAUCAUUCAUUUCAA